AUGUCUAAGCUCUUCGUGCACGGCCUUUCAUGGCAUACAAAUGAUGAGACCCUUCGUGAGGGAUUCCAGAAGUUUGGCGAGAUCCAGGAAGCUAUCGUCGUCAAGGAUCGCGCAACAUUGCGCAGUCGUGGAUUUGGUUUUGUUCGCUUCGCCACUGAUGCCGAGGCUGAUGCGGCAAUGAACGAGAUGAACAACGUGGAAUUCGACGGUCGGACUAUUCGCGUCGACAAGGCAUUUGACCGUCCCCAGCGCCCGGACGGCGGUUUCCAGGGUCGCGGCGGAUAUAACCAGCAGCCCGGUCAAAGUUACCAGCCUGGUGGCGGCGGUGGCGGUUAUCAGGGUGGUGGUGGUGGCUACCAGCAAGGUGGUAACCGCGGAGGUUAUGGUGGCUACAACAACCAAUAUGGUAAUGGCGGCGGUUAUACCGCUGGAUACAACCCCGGCGGCUAUGGUGGUGGUAAUGGUGGUAAUGGUGGUGCUGGCUGGCGUCCCUCCCAAUCCCAAAACCCAGAGGGCAACUAA